GGUCAGAGCAGGUCGCUGCCCCCGGCACUUGCGACCUCAAAGAAAACAGAGAGGCUUCCUGUUCUUUCUUUUUUUCCGGAGAAGGACUGAUCAGUGAUUAGCUGAAGCCGCUAUCUGAUGUACCUUUAGCCUGAGCUAUUAGUGUCCCAGAGGAGGCGAGUAUUUCCCUGUCCACGGGGUCAUGCCAGCUGCAGAGACGCAGCGCGCCAGGAGAAAUGGUGCUGCGGUGAGGGUGCCUGGAAAGGACUGCGUUCCCAACCAAGAGAAGGAUUUCCACAACUUUCAACAGAGACGAUAGUCAAACCAUUGCAGGGAGGCAGAUCUUCCACCACCACCACCACCACCACCACCACCAUGAAGGAAACUACUGAAAAUGUCUCUCUGGACGAUGCCAGCUGGAGGCAGACCAAGACCCAGGAUACUGUUUUUCACUCUGAAGAAGAUAACAGUCUUUAUUUCACAUACAGUGGAAAAUCAAAUGUUCUGGAGGUCAAGGAACUCAACUACCAGGUUAACACAGCAUCCCAGAUUCCCUGGUAUGAGAACCUUGCUCAGAUGAAAAUGCCCUGGACCUGGAAAUCGGAUCCCCAUUCCCAUGUGACAGUAAUCCAAAAUCUGAAUCUCAAAGUGCAAAGUGGUCAGAUGCUUGCAAUUAUAGGAACCACUGCUGGUGGAAAGACAUCCUUGCUUGACGUGAUAACCUGCCGGGACCACGGAGGCAAAAUCGAGUCUGGUCAAGUAAUGAUCAACAACAAACCCAGCACUCCCCAGCUUGUUAGGAAAUGCAUAGCACACGUGAGGCAGGAUGACCGACUGCUCCCCCACCUGACUGUCAGAGAAACACUAUUGUUCGUUGCCAAACUGCGCCUUCCAAAGUUUUUUUCAGACUCGCAAAGGAAAAAAAGGGUGGAGGACGUGAUCGCAGAGCUCCGCCUGCGGCAAUGCGCCAACACCAGGGUGGGGAACGAGUACCUGCGGGGUGUCUCCGGGGGAGAGAGGCGCAGGGUGAGCAUCGGCGUACAGCUGCUCUGGAACCCGGGAAUACUCAUACUUGAUGAACCUACAUCUGGACUGGACAGUUUUACUGCACAUAACCUUGUGAUAACAUUAUCCAGACUGGCCAGAGGAAACAGAUUGGUUCUUCUUUCACUUCAUCAGCCCCGGUCAGAUAUCUUCCAACUGUUUGAUUUGGUUCUUCUGAUGACUUCUGGACUCACUGCCUACUGUGGAACAGCUAAAGACAUGGUCCGGUAUUUCACAGAACUAGGCUAUCCCUGCCCAAGGUACAGCAAUCCUGCAGAUUUCUAUGUUGACUUGACCAGUAUUGAUAAACAGACUGCAGAAAAGGAGAUGGAAAGCCAAAAAAGAGCAAAUACUCUUGCCAACUUGUUUGUAGAAAAGGUCAAACAUUUUGAUGAUUUCUUAUGGAAAGCUACUGAAGGAGACAACACUGAAACCACAGUCAUCAAGCAGAGAAAUUCAGAAGAGGUUAUCAAUAUGCCUCACCAUUUAAAUGAUCAAUUACCAGGAGCCUUAAAGCAGUUCACUAUAUUAUUAAGUCGUCAGGUCUCCAAUGACUUCAGAGAUCUCUCAACAUUAUUAAUCCAUGGAUUUGAAGCCCUUCUUAUGUCAUUACUAAUUGGAUUUUUGUACUAUGGCCAUGAAAAAAAUGGACUCUCUAUUCGUGACACAACAGCACUGCUGUACAUGAUAGGUGCCCUUAUCCCAUUCACAAUAAUUUUGGAUGUUAUUGCCAAAUGUCAUUCAGAAAGAGCAAUGCUUUAUCAUGACUUGGAAGGUGGAAUGUAUUCUGUUAGCCCAUACUUCUUUGCUAAGAUUCUGGGGGAGCUCCCAGAACACUGCAUGUUUGUUGUAAUUUAUGGGAUUCCCAUCUACUGGCUGGCAAACCUCAUUCCUGAGCCAAAACAUUUCCUGCUGAACUUCCUGUUACUGUGGUUGGCUGUUUACAGUGCCCGUGCCAUGGCGCUUUGGGUGGCAGCUCUCCUGCCGACGUUACAGCUCUCGGCCUUCCUUGGCAAUGUCCUCUUCACAUCAUUCUAUCUGAGUGGUGGCUUUGUGAUAAGCCUCAACAGCCUCUGGACAUUUCCUUUUUGGGUUUCAAAAAUCUCUUUUCUCAGAUGGAAUUUUCAAGGAAUGAUGCAAGUUCAGUUCACUGACACCACAUAUGAAAUGACUGAUCGAAACAUUACUUAUCAAAUACCAGGAAAACUUGUCACUCAGGCUCUGGACCUGGACUCCCACCCUCUCUAUGAAGGCAGGGGAAGAAGGCUCCCGCUGCGGGAGCCCCGGCAGCCGCCCAGGAGGCGGGGAGCGGCGGGCAGCGCCGGCAGCGCGGCUGCCACAGGAUGGCAGCAGAACCCCAGGAGUCGGGAGCCGGGCGGGAGCCUGCCACGGACCGCGGCUGCAGCCUGGGACUGGGGUCGGGGGUGGGCUUUGGGUUCACUUUGGGUUUUGCUUCGCGUACGAUUUGAACGAGGGAAAAGGCGCUUGCGAGCCCUGCACUUCUGGAAAUUGUCUGAGCUAUGGGCCACCGAUAUAAAAGGACCCAUGGCACUCUGUAAUAAUAGCUGAUGUUUUAGUCUGUAAUGUUUGAACAUAUGAUGAUCACUUACUUAAUUCAGAGGGCUACAAGAGAACAAGAUCAAAACACUUUCUGUGGCAUGUAUGACAUUUAACAUAAGAGAUUUCACAAGUGCUUCAGGAGAACAUGCAAGAAUGGAAAACACAAUUGUUAACUACUCUGUAUUCUAAUUGCUUAUGUGUUUUAAAGCUUUAUUUCUGUGUUUUAAAGCUUUGCCUUUGUGUUCUAAUAAUAUGCUGAUGAUGCCCAAAACAGGUAUUUGCUCACUGUAUGGAUGAGACCUUGUAACAAAUAAAAUUAUCUCUUCUUGGA